GUAAGAGUAAUAAAAUAGAGCUUUUUGUUUAUUUAUCAAAUUUUUAUUAUUUAUUGUUUUUUUAUUUGGAUUUUUCCGUUUUAUUCCCGCAGCACUAGUUCGAUUUGAGGACUAGAUUGGCUCGUCAUAUCUUCUUCUUAAACGACAUAGUCGAAAUAAUAAAAAAUAAAUGUCAUUAAACACUGUAUCAGUAAAGCGUCAGCCAUCAUCAACCGACUUCAAGUCAGCUACUACAAACGUUUCAUCACGUUCUAUGAGACAAGAAUUGGACAAAUUGGUUGAUGGCGUUGAAGACCCACAAACGAAAAAGCAAUUUAAGGCUGAAAUGGAUGGUUUCUACAACCUUUUCAACCGUUACCUCGAUGAAAAGGCAAGAGGUGAAAAGAUCCAAUGGGAUAAAAUUAAGCCACCAGCAGCUGAACAAGUUAGACCAUAUGCAGACCUUCCAAAAGCUACUGACCAUUCCAUCCUCGACAAGUUAGCUGUCUUGAAAUUGAAUGGUGGUUUGGGUACAACUAUGGGUUGCGUCGGUCCAAAGUCCAUCAUUGAAGUUAGAGACGGUAUGACAUUCCUUGACUUGUCUGUUAGACAAAUAGAACAUCUCAACUCCGCCUACGGUGUUAACGUUCCAUUCAUUCUUAUGAACUCAUUCAACACCCACGAAGACACAAAGCGUCUCAUUCAAAAGUAUGAAGAUCACAACAUUCAAAUUCUCACUUUCAACCAAUCACGUUACCCAAGAUUCGGUAGAGAAAGCUUACUCCCAACUGCAGACUCUUUCGACUCCCAAAAGGACAACUGGUACCCACCAGGACACGGUGACAUCUUCGAAGCACUUUACAACUCUGGUUUACUCGAUGAGCUCAUCAAGGCAGGUAAAGAAUACAUUUUCGUUUCAAACGUAGACAACUUGGGUGCAGUUGUUGACCUUAACAUCUACCAACACAUGAUUGAAUCAAAAGCUGAAUACUUUAUGGAAGUUACAGACAAGACAAAGGCUGAUGUCAAGGGUGGUACCAUCAUUGAUUAUGAAGGUCAAGCACGUUUAUUGGAAGUUGCUCAAGUUCCAAAAGAACAUGUUGAAGAAUUCAAGUCAAUUAGCAAGUUUAAGAUUUUCAACACUAACAACUUGUGGAUGAACCUUAAGGCCAUCAAGAGAGUAGUUGAGGAGAGACAAUUGAGUUUGGAAGUUAUUAUUAACAACAAGGCACUUGACAAUGGUACACCAGUUAUUCAACUUGAAACCGCUGUUGGUGCUGCUAUCAAACACUUCAAGGGUGCUGCAGGUAUCAACGUACCAAGAUCACGUUUCUUGCCAGUCAAGUCAUGCUCAGAUUUAUUAUUAAUUACAUCAGAUUUAUACAGUUUAGAACACGGAGUUUUGGUUCGUAACCCAAAGAGAAUUUUCGACACAACACCUGUCAUUAAAUUAGGUGACACAUUCAAAAAGGUUGCUAACUUCCAAGGAAGGUUCAAGUCAAUUCCAAACAUCCUCGAAUUGGAUCACUUGACAGUUUCAGGUGAUGUUGUUUUCGGUAAAAAUGUCGUACUCAAGGGUUCAGUUAUUAUUGUUGCAAAUGAAGGUAACAAGAUUAUUUUACCAGAUAACUCUGUUAUUGAGAAUAAGUUGGUUACUGGUAACCUUGCAAUCAUCGAUCACUAGAUUGCUUCAUUCUUUUUUGAGUUUACUAUUAAUUAAUUAUUAUUAUUCCCAUAAUCUCAAACAUAAAUUUAGCUCUCAUUUAUAUAGUUUUUUUAAUCCAUUAUCAAUUUGCAUUUAUGUGCAUAGAGGUUUAGAAUUCGUAUAAUUCUGGUUUAUCAGAUUGAAAAGCAACCCUACGUGGGCCCUUCUUUUUAGUUGAUGGUGGAGGUGUUUCCUCAUCGUUGUCGUUAGCAAACCUGACUGUCGAGCUCGUUGAUUCAAUUUCAACUUCAUUGCCAGUAUGAUUAUGACCUUCAUGAAGGUUAGCUUUCUUUAUUCUUUCUUGUGUUUCUUCUACGCUUAUUGAAGAAUUUGAUGGUGUUGUCCUUCUUUCACCCUUACCGCCUUCAACAUCAAGAUGAAGUGUUUCGACAACGAGUUUACGCCUACGAAGCUUGAAAGCAAGGUUAUUUUCACCUGCUAUUAAACCACCACGAAGAAGUGAAUGUCUAUUUGAUGGUGAAUUCAGUGAAUUCAAUCUAGAUGUCAUUAAUGGGUGAAUUAAACCGUGAUUUGGUGCGAAUGCAGUUGCUCUGUGUGGUGCAUCACUGAAGCUUUCUAGUGCGAUGCAUGAAUCUAAAAUAUAUAGUAAUCUAUUCAGUGUUUCUUUAUCUAUGUUAUCGGAGUGUGUUGAAAUAUAUGCUGCCGCAUACUUUGUUGAUCUGACUAUUGAUCUUAGUUUAUAAAUAAAUUUGAAAAGUUCAACUUUGUCAGUUGCCUUAUCGCCGUAUUCCCAAUUACCUAAAUUACGUAUAGCUAUACGUAAAACAGAAGUUGGAUUCUUAUUAUGGUCAUCGCAAACAUGCUUUAUUUCUUGAAUUAACUUAUCGUAAUCAUUGACUUCAAUUUCCUUAAGUAAGGACCUCUCUUUGGCUUUAUUGAUAGUUGAUAAAGGUACAUUUUGUGUUAAAUCGAAUGUACUAAGAAAGUCGCCAUCGUUAUAGUUCUGGUUUAUUGAAGUUUCAAAUCUUUUCAUAUUCUCAUACCUCCAUGCUAUCUUUGAUUCACCUCUACCUUCAUUAUGAUCGAGUGCUGAAUCCUCAUUAUCAGAUUUUUCAUUAUCAGUUGAUCCUGCAGAUGUCCACAUUGAUUUGCUACCGUCUAUACCGAUAGAUAAUAACUUAUGCGAUGAUUUCAAACCUUGUGAAUAAAAGUAAUUUAAUAAAAUGUCGCUAUACGUUGAAUGUGGAUCAGUUUCAACUACUAAAUUUAUUGUAUUCGUCCCAAUACCUAGUCCACCUCUACCGCCUGCACUUCCGCCUAAUAAAUCAUCAAUUGCAGCGCUACCACUUGAUAAAUGUAAUGAAGCAUUAGAAGGUGAUACUUUCGUACCCUUUAUUUGCUGGCUCGUCGUUGGUUCUCUUCUUUUGAAUGCUGACAUUAUCA